AUGCGCAUGGAGGACAACCGCCUCCCCAAGCGCAUGCUGUUAGGAGCAAUGGCGGGGGGCGUGGGAUACCGGGGCGGGCAGGAGAGCGACUGGGUGUCUCGUCUAGGAGAGGACCUCGUGGCCUUCAACAUGGGAGACGAAAAGGAAGGGGGGAAAUGGAAAGAGAGCGCCAAGAACUCGGAGGUGUGGUACAACAAGNGUGUCCGAGGGCUCUUUUCUCGAACAAGCUAA